GACAGAGGGAGACGGAGACAGAGGGAGAGAGAGAGAGAGAGAGAGAGAGUUGAGAUGACUUCCAGUGAGAUCGAGAUUCCCGGAGAGCUGAAGAGCGACCCCGCUGCUCUGAUGGCAUCCCUCCAGCUGAUGCCCUCGCCGGUGCCCAACCCGGAGAUCAAGUACACUAAGAUUUUCAUCAACAAUGAGUGGCAGGACUCUGUCAGUGGGAGGGUUUUCAGCGCCUGUAACCCGGCAACAGGAGAGCAGAUCUGUGAGGUCCAGGAGGCAGAAAAGGCUGAUGUAGAUAAAGCGGUGCAGGCCGCUCGCCUGGCCUUCUCUCUGGGUUCAGUGUGGAGACGGAUGGACGCGUCUGACCGAGGUCGUCUGCUGUCCAAACUGGCCGACCUGGUGGAGAGAGACAGCGUCUAUUUAGCAACUAUUGAGUCUCUGAACAGUGGGAAGCCGUUUCUGCCCACCCUGUUUGUGGAUCUCCAAGGAACCAUAAAGACACUGCGAUACUUUGCUGGAUAUGCAGACAAGAUCCACGGCACUUCCAUUCCAAUGGACGGAGAGUAUCUGACGUUCACCAGACACGAGCCCAUUGGAGUUUGUGGACAAAUUAUCCCAUGGAACUUCCCUCUGAUGAUGAUGGCGUGGAAGCUGGGCCCGGCUCUCUCGUGUGGAAACACUGUUAUCCUCAAACCUGCUGAGCAGACGCCGCUCACCUGCCUCUACAUCGGAGCUCUGGUGAAGGAGGCCGGGUUUCCACCGGGAGUCGUCAAUAUUUUGCCGGGAUUCGGGCCAACGGCAGGAGCUGCGAUCGCUUCACACAUGGGCAUCGACAAAGUGGCCUUCACAGGAUCCACUGAGGUGGGAAAGCUGAUCCAAGAAGCCGCUGGGAAGAGUAACCUGAAGCGAGUGACGCUGGAGCUGGGAGGGAAGAAUCCCAACAUCAUCUUUGCAGAUGCUGAUAUGGAUUGGGCCGUGGAACAGGCCCACCAGGGCGUGUUUUUCAACGCAGGCCAGUGCUGCACGGCCGGCUCUCGCAUCUACGUGGAGGAGCCCAUAUAUGAGGAGUUUGUCCGCAGAAGUGUGGAGAGAGCAAAGAGGAGGACGGUCGGGAGUCCCUUUGAUCCCACGACUGAGCAAGGGCCACAGAUCAGUCGGGAACACCAGAACCGCGUGCUGGACUUUAUCCAGAGCGGCAUCAGUGAAGGAGCCACGCUGGAGUGCGGUGGAAAAGCUCUGGGCUUGAAAGGUUUCUUCAUUGAGCCGACAGUUUUCUCUAAUGUGAGGGACGACAUGCGCAUCGCCAGAGAGGAGAUUUUUGGACCGGUGCAGCAGAUCAUGAAGUUCAAAACUAUGGAGGAAGUGAUAGAACGAGCCAACGACACAGAUUAUGGUCUGGUUGCGGCUGUUUUCACCAGUGACAUCAACAAAGCCAUGACCAUGUCCACCACCCUGCAAGUGGGAACUGUCUGGAUAAACUGCUUCAACGCUCUGAGCUCACAGUGUCCAUUUGGAGGAUAUAAAAUGUCUGGCAAUGGUCGUGAAUUGGGAGACUGUGGUUUGAAGGAGUACUCGGAAGUGAAGACCAUCACGAUGAAAAUGGUCGCUAAGAACUCUUAAGGAAGCCACGUUGUUUCUGGGAGGAGGGAGCAUCUUCCUCAUCACUGACCUGACCCACAGCAACCAUCAAAACUAGUUAUCUCCAUGGUAACGACAGGCGGUGACCACUUGCUGCUCUCUUCAUCCUGAAAUCAGCUUCUCCGUGGACAGUCCUCCAGCUCCAGUCCCUGUCCAACUCUCUCCACCUGACAACCACUGAACUACCCCCAUACUCUACACCUUCUCCUCUAACUACACUAAAGCACUCUCAGAGACGAUGGGGGGGGAAAGGGGGGGCUGCUCUAACUGCAAACCCCAAUAACAGCCAACCGACCCUCACUCCCCUGAUGCUGGAUCCUCAGAGACUUAGUCACCGCACUUGCGAUCAACCCUUUGCAGCCAGUUUUUCUUUGUCCUGUGCGAUCUGAUCUUCACAAACCUCAUGUUUCAUUGUCUUGAUAGAAUUAAUGCAACCAUGUCAGCUGAUGAUCCAAGAGUGGAUGGAACGUUAAUUCAGAAUUCAAUUUGAUUUCUAAUUGUCUUUGUUUAUAUUUCAGCUCAUAUGACUUAACACUGUAUGUCAAACCUUUGACUGAUGUAAACGUGAACGAUUUUAACCUCUUAAAAGCAUUUUACUCUCACCUGCUAAAAGAGGAGUAGAUGUAUUUUAAAUAGUAUGUAACUGAUUUUCAUUGAUGUCAUCUAUGUUUAUGUUUAUACAAUCUUAUCCUAUAAAAUUAUAAAAAUGAACCUAGUUUUUUUCCAGUAAAAGCUUUUUCUCCACUAAA